UGUUGAAAUUGAAAAACAUAACCUCAAAGUUCCAUAAGCUGUCAAGUUCAACUCCGUUUCUAUCCUGAAUAAUAUUGAAGAUUUAUAGCUUAUUUAUAGUUAAAUAAAAGAAAUGGACAUAAUUAACUAGUUAGUCAAAGAUUACCUAGUUUUUCAUAGAUUACUUGAGUUUGUUUGUUAUAAUACUGAAAAAUGACAACCCAGGCGGCUGGGACCUCUUCAUCGGUGCAAGAGUUUUCAAUUCGAGUGCCUAAGAAUGGCCGAAAAAAGCAUCAUAUGAUGCGAUUCAAUUCAGUAUUGAAUGUUGACUUCUCCAAAUGGGCUCAAGUGAAGAUGGAGCGUGAGAACAACAUGAAGGAAUUCAAAGGCCCUGAUGAUGAUCAGCCAAAGUUUGGAGCUGGCAGUGAGUUCGGUCGUGAUGCUAAAGAAGAAGCUAGGCGUAAAAAGUAUGGCAUCAUCACUAAGAAAUACCGGCCCGAAGAUCAGCCAUGGAUACUGAGGGUUGGCGGCAAGACUGGCAAGAAGUUCAAGGGAAUUCGCGAGGGUGGGGUGGGAGAGAAUGCGGCAUUCUACGUGUUCACGCAUGCGCCUGACGGGGCCAUCGAAGCCUACCCCCUGCAGGAGUGGUACAACUUCCAGCCGAUUCAGCGCUACAAAGCACUUUCCGCCGAGGAAGCUGAACAGGAGUUCGGAAGGAGAAACAAAGCGAUGAAUUACUUUUCACUCAUGUUGCGUAAACGUCUUCGCAAUGAAGAGGGAGAACCGGAUGAAGCCGAGGAUGGAAAAACAAAGAAGACUGGAGCUAAGAAAGCAAAAGAGUUGAAAAUUUCCGACAUGGACGACUGGGUGGACUCUGAAGAGGACAACGAUUCAGAUGAAGAAGAAAUGAACGAAGAAGCCAAAGAGAAGAAGGAAAAGAAGAAGAAGAAAGAUCAAGAACUGGCGAAAAAGAAGAAGAAGCGGAAAGCAGGCUCUGACGAUUCGGCAGUAGAGGAAAGUGAUGAUGGUGAUGAAGAAGGGAGGGAACUUGACUAUAUAUCCGACUCUUCUGAUAGUGAAUCGGACCUGGAAGCGAAAUUCGACAAAGAGAUGAAAGGAGUCGCCGAGGAGAGUGCACUGAGGAAACUGCUCACCUCAGAUGAGGAUGAAGACGAAGAGGACGAAGAAGGAAAGGAUAAGAACAAGGAAGACAAGGAUGACGAUAAGGAUGAUAAGGACGACGCCAAUGACAAGGACAAAGACAAGGCGGGAGCUGGUGCCAAAAAGAAAAAGAAGAAGAAGAAAGUGGUGAAGAAGGAGGUGGAUAUGCCGGGUAUCAAAGCUGAAGCUGAUUCUUCCAAUGACUCUAGUCCUGAUAGUUCUGAUUCAGAAGCAAUAGACAACAAAUUGAAGCUGCAAACUAAUAGUACACCAAACUCGCGUAGUGGUAGUCCUAUUCCUGGAUCUGGCAGCCAAGAUAGCAAACGAAAUCUGUCCACUCCAAAUUCAGGGGAGCCUUCCUCCAAACGAGUUCGACUUGACACACCUGGUUCUUCACUAAGUAGCGGAAGCGGCGGUGGAGACACUGGAAUUACAGAGGAAGCGGUACGCCGCUAUCUGAUGCGGAAGCCCAUGACGACCACGGAACUUCUGCAGAAAUUCCGCAGCCGAAAAACGGGUCUCAGCUCCGAACAGCUGGUCAACGUCAUGACACAGAUACUGAAACGCAUCAACCCCGUCAAGCAAACCAUCAAAAACAAAAUGUAUCUGUCUAUUAAGAACUUUUAAGCAAUGAUUGCUGAUAUACAGUAUAUGUAUAUAUGACUGGUGAGAACGUGAGAUUAUAAUCGGAUUGUACAAUAAAUCAUAUUCUUAUUAAAUAAA